UGCCUGGCCCUUUAAGAGGGCAGUUCUGCCUGCCACCCUGAAUGCCCCCUCCCCCAGCCACUGGAGAAGGGAUCCCGUUUCUUAGCAACAGGAAGCUCUUGGUUGACAGUGUCACCCAGGCGACUGGGAGCCGCGUCCUGCUCUGGGACUGAGCCGCUGGAGCUGCCCCGCUGACCGCACUGGGCUGAUCGCAACCGGCUGGCCACACCCCUCACUCCCCUGGCCCUGGUGGGCGGCUGGCACCAUGGCGCAGACGGACGUACUCCUAACCAAAGAGCCGGCCCCGCAGACAGUGCCGCCCUGCGAGCUGCCGGCCAAAGAGUACGAGGUGGCCCGCAACACAGGCGCCUACACGUCCUCCGGGCUGGCCACCGCAGGCUUCCGCACCGCCAAGUACCUGCUGGAGGAGUGGUUCCAGAACUGCUAUGCUCGCUACCACCAGGCCUUCGCGGACCGCGACCAGUCGGAGCGGCAGCGGCAUGAGAGCCAGCAGCUGGCAUCGGAGACCCAGGCGCUGGCGCAGCGCACGCAGCAAGACUCCACGCGCAGGGUUGGCGAGCGACUGCAGGACAUGCACGGCUGGAAGUCGGAGCUGCAGCGCGAGGUGGAAGCGCUGGCUGCGGAGACCGACCUGUUGCUGGCCCAGAGGCAGAGGCUGGAGCGCGCCCUGGACGCCACGGAGGUGCCCUUCUCCAUCGCCACUGACAACCUGCAGUGUCGUGAGCGCCGCCAGCACCCCAACCUCGUGCGCGACUAUGUGGAGACGGAAUUGCUGAAGGAAGCCGAGCUCAUCCGGAACAUUCAGGAGCUGCUGAAGAGAACCAUCAUGCAAGCUGUGAGCCAGAUCCGACUGAACCGGGAGCGCAAGGAGACCUGCGAGAUGGACUGGUCAGACAAGGUGGAGGCCUACAACAUCGAUGAGACCUGCGGGCGCUACCACAGCCAGAGCACCCAGGUGCAGGCUCAUCCUCACUCCACCGCCUUCCAAGAGAGCGCCUCCACCCCGGAGACCUGGGCCAAGUUCACGCAGGACAAUCUGUGCCGCGCCCAGCGCGAGCGCCUGGCCUCGGCCAACCUGCGGGUGCUGGUGGACUGCAUCCUUCGCGACACCUCCGAGGACCUGCGGCUGCAGUGCGACGCUGUGAACCUGGCCUUCGGGCGCCGCUGCGAGGAGCUGGAGGACGCGCGGCACAAGCUGCAGCAGCACCUGCACAAGACGCUGCGGGAAAUCACAGAUCAGGAGCACAACGUGGCGGCACUGAAGCAGGCCAUCAAGGACAAGGAGGCCCCUCUGCGCGUCGCCCAGACCCGGCUGUACCUGCGCUCACACCGGCCCAACGUGGAGCUGUGCCGCGAUGCAGCCCAGUUCAGGCUGGUGAGCGAGGUGGAGGAACUGAACAUGUCCCUCGCAGCGCUGCGGGAGAAGCUUCUAGAAGCAGAGCAGUCCCUGCGCAACCUCGAGGACACCCACAUGAGCCUGGAGAAGGACAUCACCGCCAUGACCAACAGUCUCUUCAUCGACCGCCAGAAGUGCAUGGCCCAUCGUACUCGCUACCCCACCAUCCUGCAGUUGGCUGGCUACCAGUGAGCCGCUGCCACGGUGCUUCCCCGCCAAGUCCCCAAACAAACAGCACGUUAGCUUUCUGCACGGA